AUGGCGUCUCCCAGUCCUAGUCAUUCUCUUGAGAAGCAGCCUGAUCUACAGUCAGGUCCGCCGGCCGACCCUCAUGUCGACCACCCCAAUCAACACCAUGAUAAAUCUCCGGGUGUGACUAGGAUCGAGGCCAUCGCCGGCUGUCUGACUCCAGUGACCCGUACGAUCCUGUUCGUGAGCAUCUUUAUUCUGGGUUAUGCGUUCGGCUUAGACGCGGUGCUGCGCGGCGUCUACCAAACCUACGCUACCGCCAGCUACGAUGAUCACUCGCUGCUUUCCACGGUCAAUGUCAUCCGCACCGUCUUCGCUGCUGCUGCUCAGCCAACGUCAGGCAAGCUCGCGGAUGCCUUUGGUCGGGUCGAGAUCCUUGGUCUGUCCAUCAUCCUGUAUCUGGUCGGCACCAUUGUCGAGGCGACUUCCACCGGUCUCGCUGCAUUUGGCGCCGGCGCGGUCCUCUACACGCUGGGGUUCACCAUUGUUCAGACGCUGGUCGACAUCCUCAUCGCCGAUGUAACGUCUACUCGGGUGCGGCUCCUCGCUACCUUCGUUCCCAACCUGCACUUCAUCAUCACAGCCUGGGUAUCUGGCAAUAUCUCGUCGGCCGUCCUGGGCGCCACCUCGUGGAAAUGGGGUGUCGGCAUGUGGUGUAUUAUCUUCACCGUGUGUGUGGCCCCCGUCAUCGCCACCCUUGUUUUCCUCUCCCGUCGCGCUGCUCGCAAUUCUCCCGCCUCAAUGGCCGUCCGGUCUGUUCCCUUAAACCGGCUAUUUUGGCAGCUGGAUGUCCCCGGUAUUGUCCUCUUGGUUGCAUCCCUCGCCCUGGUGCUUACUCCGCUUACUAUCGCCGGGGGCUACAGUCCCAAAUGGCGCUCGGCGCAUGUGCUCGCCCCGCUGGUGAUAGGAGUAUGCUGUAUCCCAGCGUUCAUUGUCUGGCAGCUCCGAGCGCCGCACCCGCUCAUCCCCUUUCGCUUUCUCCGGGAUAGAGGCGUGUGGGGCCCGCUGGCGAUUGCCACCAUGAUGAACUUUGCCUACAUGAUGCAGGGCAACUAUCUCUACACCGUGCUGAUUGUCGCUUUUGACUUUUCUAUUACGGCGGCAACCAGGAUCGCCACGCUGUACAUGUUCACCUCGUUCGUCGUGGGGCCGAUCUGCGGAGCGCUGGUCUACCGCGUCCGGCGGCUGAAAUACUUUAUCGUCGCCGGUACCGUGCUCUUCAUCGUCGGAUUUGGUUUGCUCAUCCGCUACCGUGGCGGCGCAGAGGGCCCUAACCGGGCCGGGGUUAUUGGGGCGCAGGUGGUCUUGGGGAUUGCAGGCGGCCUAGCACCAUACGCAUCGCUUGCCUCGCUUCAAGCGUCGAUCGGCCACGAGCAGCUGGGAGUCAUGACGGGGCUUUUCCUCGCCUUCCACAGCAUCGGGGAUGCGCUGGGCAACAGUGUCGCGGGUGCCAUCUGGACACAAGUCCUGCCGUCGGCGCUUGCAUCCCGGCUGGCCACGCUGCCGGAUGGUGCGACCCUCGCUGCAUCCGUCUAUGGCAACCCGUUCGCUGUCGUCGCACAAUAUCCCAUUGGAACCGCGACCAGGAGCGCAAUAAUUGCCAGCUACCAACAUGUGCAGCGCCUGCUCUGCAUCACCGGGAUCUGUCUCUGCAUCCCACUGAUUGGCCUGGCAUUUUGCCUGCGCGACCCUCCGUUGAACAACUCCCAGUCUCUCGUUGAGGACAGCCCUGUUACUUCCGAAAAAAGGCGGCCGGAAGCUUGA